GGCCUCCGGGGCUGGACUUCCGGUCUCCAAGACUGUCACUGGGCUCGGGGCCGCUGGGCCGCCCCCGGUGUUGGGGGCUGGAGCGCGGCCGGUCGGCCGGUCCCCGGAGGCUCUGGAGGCCGGAGGCGGGGCGGACGAAGGCGGGGGCGCCGGCCCGCUCCGCGCGCGCCCAGGGCCGCAGCGCCCGGCCACGCCCCCGACCCCCAGCCUCGGUUCCUCGGGUGCAGCGUGGGCAGCCCCCAGGGGCCUCGGGGCGGCGCCCGGCCCACGUGCUCUCCGGCCUCCGAGGCGCCGCAGGGGCCGUGCGUGGCGGCCCGCGCCCGGGACGCCCAGGGAGCCUGAGGCCGGGAGCGGGGGUCCGGGUGGGCCGCCGCUCGCGCUGGUUCCGAUGGCCGCGGCGACGCCGGCGCCGAUGGCCUUUGAGGACGUGGCCGUGUACUUCUCCCGGGAGGAGUGGGGGCUCUUGGACGCGGCGCAGCGGGCCCUGUACCGCCAGGUGAUGCUGGAGAACUUCGCCCUCGUGGCCUCGCUGGGACUGUCUGCCUCCCGCCCUCGCAUGGUCCUGCAGCUGGAGCGCGGGGAGGAGCCCUGGGUGCGCGGUGGGCUGGAUGUGACCCUGGCCAGGGACGCCCAGAGGCGGCCCAGCCCUGGUUCCCAGCGUCCCGCAGAGGACAGAGCUGUUUCUGGGGAAGCAGCGAGGACCUUCCCGGAGAGGGCCCCCCUGACACCCACCGGGGUCCCCCGCACCCCUGCUGCCUCUGAGCCCGGAGAACGCCUGGAGGGGCGUCGGGGGGAGAGGAAACCUUCGGGUGUCUCCGUGAUCUACUGGGAAAGCCUCCUGCUGGGCCCAGGCAGUGGGGAGGCCGGCGUGAGCCUGCGGCUGACCCCCCAGCUGCGGGCGCCAGCGGGCAGCACACCCACAGGGGACCUCGCCGGGCCGGGCGCGCAGCCGCAGCAGCAGCCACCACCGGGGCGGGGGCGUCCCGGGAGGACUUUCCAGGGCGUCCCCGGCCUCCUCGAGGCCGGUCCCCCUGCGGCGGGGGAGCUGGGCCCGGGGGCCGCGUGGGACGAGCCCCAGAAGCUCCUGUCCGGCCGGGAGCCCCCGCCCUGGGCGGAGCUGGGCCCUGGCCCCGGCCUCCCGCCCGCGGAGAAGACGUUCGAGUGCCGGGCCUGCAGCAAGGUCUUCGUCAAGAGCUCGGACCUGCUCAAGCACCGGCGCACGCACACGGGCGAGCGGCCCUUCGCCUGCGCGCAGUGCGGCCGCGCCUUCAGCCAGACCUCGCACCUGACGCAGCACCAGCGCAUCCACAGCGGCGAGACGCCCUACGCCUGCGCCGCCUGCGGCCAGGCCUUCCGCCACAGCUCCUCGUUGGUGCGGCACCAGCGCAUCCACACGGCCGAGAAGGCCUUCCGCUGCGGCGAGUGCGGCAAGGCCUUCAGCCACGGCUCCAACCUCAGCCAGCACCGCAAGAUCCACGCGGGCGGCCGGCCCUACGCCUGCGCGCGCUGCGGCCGCCGCUUCUGCCGCAACGCGCACCUGGCGCAGCACGAGCGCACGCACACGGGCGAGAAGCCGUUCGCCUGCGCGCUGUGCGGCGCCGCCUUCAGCCAGGGCUCCUCGCUCUUCAAGCACCAGCGCGUGCACACGGGCGAGCGGCCCUUCGCGUGCGCGCAGUGCGGCCGCGCCUUCAGCCACAGCUCCAACCUCACGCAGCACCAGCUGCUGCACACGGGCGAGCGGCCCUUCCGCUGCGCCGACUGCGGCAAGGCCUUCGCCAAGGGCGCCGUGCUGCUCAGCCACCGGCGCAUCCACACGGGCGAGAAGCCCUUCGCCUGCGCGCAGUGCGGCCGCGCCUUCCGCGAGCGCCCGGCCCUGUUCCACCACCAGCGCAUCCACACCGGGGAGCGGCCGCCGGCGCGGAGGAGGCGCGGGGCCCCGCCCGCCGCAGGCCCGGCCGCGGGGCCCGCGUCCGCGCAGGCGGAGGCCUGAGGUCCAGCCCCGCCCUCCCGCGGCCAGCGGGCUGGUCCCUCGGGAGAGGCCUGUGCGCGCACCGGGGUUCCAUCCGCCGCGGUGACUGACGCCUCCCCGAUUCCCCGGGACCCCGCUGCAGAAAGGUCCGGGACGGACAGGACCAGGAGGCGGGUCCUUGGAUGGGGCCGGGGCGUGGCAGUCAGAACCAGGAGGCAUGGUGGUGCCCUGGUCACGUGUUGUGCCUGGACACACACACACACCCCCAGGGGAGGUGGGGUGCUGCGAUGGGGGCGGAGGCGGCCCAGAUGAAUCUGUAAUGUCACACCUCGCUGGCUGGUCCCUGAUCAUCGGAUAGUCCCCCGGUGUCUACAUCCGCGGCUUCCUGGGGGUGGGUGUGGUGGACCAGGGGGCGUGUGGGGGCCGCACCGGAAAGGAGAGAAAGCCGAAUUCUGGCUGCAAAAGGACAAUUUGCAGGCGAACAUGCCAGCGCCCGCCCCUGUUCUGACUGCUGCCAGGUUCGUCCUAGCAGCCCUGGGUGGGGUCAUGUUUGUGUCACUGGGUGGCAGAUGGCUUUGGUGUCUUGGAUGUGAUGGGAUAGGAGCACCCACUGCGGUCACCUGUGGUCCCUGCCUCAACUCCUACAGUAAAGCUGCUGAGGCAGCUCCCGGCCGUCCCCCCCGCACCCCUCCCCCCGCUCCAGCUGCCCCGGGGUCCCGCCCCUCAUGGACCACAGACGAAGCUCCACCUGUGGCUUCUCGCAGGGAACCAGGUGGAACCAGGGCCCUGCAGCUCCGUGGGGACCGCACGCCCGGUGCAGGUCUGCAGGUCUGCAGGCUGUCACCACCCACGUGGUCUGUCGGGAGCCUCCGGACGGGGGGGGGGGGGGGGGGGGCUGAAUUUGUGCAAGAACUUACCGUCUGUGUCUGAUCCGAGUAUGACGGCCCCCCUUUUCCCUCAGUAAAAGGACAAUGAACUUUC